UUUGCCUGUGAGCGCCUUAUCAGUGUGUGUUUGACUGUAUUACACGCUUCUGCUUAGUUUGACGUUUCUGGGGAGAAGAAGACGCAGAGGAUAUUAGGAAUGAUGGGGGCAUCUCUGCCUGUGCGCGGGCAGGAGUGCCCUGGCCGACAGGCCGAUUGUUAGCCAUGCUGCGACAGCAAGAACCCACGGUCAGCACCCUGCAUCUGGUGGCUAAUGAUAUGACAGAUAUCAUGGAGAACUUGGACACACGAGAACUCGACAUUGGAGAUGGGGAAGAAGAGUUUGACGGCCAGGACCCCAAUAGUGCAGAAAACCGCAUCCCCUUCUCAGCCGUGUAUAAAACAAUAGGCUUUAAAGAGCCCGGGGCGCAUGUGUUUCUUACUGCGCUUCCCAUCACCGCCAAAAUCCUGGAGGUGGAACGCUUCACUUCUGCCCAGGAUCGCUUCAACAUCACCUCCCAGAGAAGCGUCUCUAAGUCACUUCCUGCAGUGUUUAAGAUAGAAAUGAGACAUGGAAACUUCACCUGGUUGAUAAAGAGGAAGGAGAAACAUUUUAUGGAGCUUCACAGGGAACUACGCACCUACAAGACCUUCCUCAGAAUUCCACUGCCGUCCCGCAGUCAUGCAGAGCGGAGGCACACUAUUAACAGGAACCUUGAGCGAAACAUGCCAAGUCUACCCCGGGGAGGAGGCGAAGAACUGGCCAGGGAAGAGCAAGUGUCCAGUCGAAAAAGACAACUUGAAGACUACUUGAAUAAGCUGCUUAAAAUGCCAUUGUAUAGAAACUACCAUGCAACAAUGGAAUUCAUUGAUGUGAGUCAGCUGUCCUUCAUUCAUGAUUUGGGACCAAAAGGCUUGGAGGGCAUUGUUCUCAAAAGGUCAGGGGGUCACCGUAUUCCUGGACUGAACUGCUGUGGCCACAGCAAAAUGUGCUACCGCUGGUCCAAACGGUGGAUGGUGGUGAAGGACUCUUUCCUUGUCCUCAUGAAGCCAGACACAGGUGCCAUCUCAUUCGUCCUGCUAGUGGAUAAGGCUUUCGGCAUCAAAAUGGACACUAAAGACACUGAGACGAAGCAUGGUGUCCGCAUAGACAGUCUGUCCAGGACUCUGGUGCUGAAGUUCACAAGUUACCGUCACGCCCGCUGGUGGGGGCAGGCCAUCGAUGAUUUUGUGCGCAAAUACGGCAGCAAUUUCCUUAAGGGUCACCGCUUUGGUUCCUUCGCCAAUGAACAGAAGAACAUCCCAUCUAAAUGGUAUGUGAAUGGGAAGCAGUACAUGGAGGACGUGGCGAAUGCGCUGGAGGAGGCGGAGGAGGAGAUCUUUAUCACCGACUGGUGGCUGAGCCCUGAGAUCUUCCUCAAGAGGCCAGUCGUCGAGGGCAAUCGCUGGAGACUCGAUUCCAUUUUGAAACGGAAAGCGCAAAAAGGUGUGCGGAUCUUUGUGAUGUUGUACAAGGAGGUGGAAUUGGCUCUCGGCAUAAACAGCGAAUACAGCAAACGGACACUACACCAACUUCACCCAAAUAUCAAGGUGAUGAGGCAUCCUGAUCACGUCUCCUCUUCCGUGUACCUGUGGGCGCAUCAUGAGAAGAUUGUAGUCAUUGACCAAUCGGUGGCUUUCGUGGGAGGCAUUGAUCUGGCGUACGGGCGCUGGGAUGAUCUGGAGCAUCGGCUGACCGACAUAGGAAGUGUUACCAGGACUCUUCCUGUGUCUGCAGAGAAAGCUUCUGAAGGCUCUCCUGCUAUGGCCUCUCAAUCAAAUGGACCCAGCAUGGUGCACACUAAUGGCAAAAGUUUGCAUGUUGACACAGCGGACCAGCCGAAACUAAAAGGACAGGGGAAGACCAAGAAGACCCGAUUCAGCAUCCGCAGGCACCUGCAGAAACACGGGCUGGCGCCUGCAGACAGCGUGAGCAGCGUCGAGAGCUCUGAAGAAAAUACUGAAGCGGCGCAGGACCUGCAAGCAGAUGUGAUUGGUCUGAUGGGGAACACGCGGUUCUGGCAUGGCAAAGAUUACUGCAACUUUGUUCAUAAGGACUGGGUCCAGUUGGAUAAACCUUUUGAUGAUUUCAUCGACAGGCACAUAACUCCCAGAAUGCCUUGGCAUGACAUCGCCUCGGUGGUUCAUGGGAAAGCUGCCAGAGAUGUUGCACGGCACUUUAUUCAGCGCUGGAAUUUCACAAAGAUCAUGAAGCCCAAAUACAGGUCCUUGUCGUACCCAUACCUCCUUCCUAAAUCUCACACUACUGCAAAUGAGAUCAAGUAUCAGGUCCCUGGCUGCACCCAGACUAAUGUCCAGCUGUUGCGAUCUGCCUCGGACUGGUCAGCGGGAAUAAAAUACCAUGAGGAGUCGAUUCAUACGGCUUACGUCAAUGCAAUUGAAAACAGCAAACACUAUAUUUACAUAGAGAACCAGUUUUUCAUAAGCUGCGCGGACAACAAAGUCGUUCACAAUAAAAUUGGAGAUGCCAUUGCCAAGAGGAUCAUAAAAGCAUAUCGGGAUGGUAAAAAGUACCGCGUAUAUGUGGUGACACCACUGCUUCCUGGGUUUGAGGGGAACAUCAACACUGGAGGAGGCAGUGCCAUACAGGCAGUCAUGCACUUCAAUUACAGGACCAUGAUUAGGGGAGACUGCUCCAUUAUCUCUCAGCUGAAGAAAGAAGUGGGUGAUCAGUGGAUAAAUUACAUCUCAUUCGGGGGUCUGAGGACCCACGCUGAGCUGGAGGGAAGGCUGGUGACUGAACUGAUAUAUGUGCACAGCAAGAUGCUUAUUGCCGACGACAACACUGUCAUCAUUGGUUCUGCCAAUAUCAAUGACCGGAGCAUGCUGGGUAAGAGAGACAGUGAGGUGGCUGUCAUUUAUGAGGAUAUCCACACUGUGACGUCAGUGAUGGACGGUCAGGAGUAUCAGGCAGGAUGUUUUGGAUUGAGUCUGCGGCUGGAGUGUUUCAGGAUGAUUCUAGGCGCCAACACUGACCCCAGCAUUGAUGUGACGGACCCUAUAAGUGACCAGUUUUACAAGGAGGUGUGGAUGACCACCGCUGCCCGCAAUGCAACCAUCUACCAGAAGGUGUUCCGCUGCUUGCCAUCCAGUGAUGUUCGGUCAAUUUUGGAGUUGGAUGGCUUCCUCUCUAAGCCUGGUUUGGAGAAAGAGGACCCUGCACGUGCUCAAGAGGAGCUGAAGAAGAUUCGAGGCUUCCUGGUCCAGUUCCCUCUCCAGUUCCUCAGCGAGCAGAACCUUCUGCCACCCAUCGGAUCAAAAGAAGCCAUGGUGCCCAUGGACGUGUGGACAUAAGAGAACCUGCCCACAUCACCUGAAUAAAAUAAUAAACUGCAAAUCUAGCAGAUGUACCAGGAACGACCUAAGCUUUCCUAUUGUAUAACGAACACUUCUGAGACAGAAAAUGAGAUCUGGAGGAGCUUCAGCCAUAAGUUGUUUACCCACUCGGAGUUAAGGACUCCAGACUGGUUUGCUUCAUCACUGUUUGAAGCUUGAUUGUUUAUAUAUUCUAACACUAUGCAACUAAUAUUAUUUUUUAUGAACUAUUCUCAUAAAUUCUACAAAAUGGUGAUAUGGAUGCUUUUGUGAAGUCUUCAGUGUCCUCGGACACUUGAUUGAAUGCUGUAUAUUGGUUUCUUGUUCAUUAUUAUUGAAUGGUUUUGUGCCCUGUAACAUGCACUGAAUAUGUAUUAUUCUCUGCAUUUAAGUGCCAACUAUGUCUGUGUAACAUUUAUCUUUUCUCUAUAUGAAGUGUAAACAUUCCUUGUGUACUAUAUCUCAAUGUAAUUUAUUGUUCUGUGAUAGUGGACAUGGUCCAUUAAUUGUUGCUUUCCUAUGGUACAAAUUGCCAUGUUUUGGUGGCCUUAUUCGUUUACUGUGUUAAUGCUGGGUAUGAACUAAAAUUCACCAAAGCAUUUUUCUAUUAUGACGAAACGAAGUUGAUUUUAUAAGAAUAACAGACUAGUAUUCAGAUUUAUCCCCAUUACUUGUCUAAAAUGUACAGUAUACUAUAAAAACAUGCUAUGCCUGGAGCUCUAAUGAAGUUUGCUAACCGUUCUUGAAAUAAUUAAACCACUGAUCAUCACAAUUCAUUUAGAAGUACUGAAUCAACUACAACGGCUAUGGUUUAAAUAACCUGUCAGGAUUUCCAUGUCACUGUAAAGAUUGCAGCAUGUGUGUCCCGCAUUCUGAAUAUGCAGCAAGUAUCUUCUAACAGUUGUUAGCCAAGCACUCAAAUGUCUGCACUGUUGACUGUGUAUCUGCACUUUUAUAGUAGUUCAGAAACUGAUAUCUGUUCUCUUUUUGUUUUCUUUUCCUCAUGUCUUUUUACUCCCCAUGAAUUGCAUUUUUGCACAAAAUAUGUAUCGGGAUGUUUAUGAAACAUGUGAAUUGAUGUUAUAGAAAAUGAUUAAACCAUGAUUU